AGUGUCAAAACUGUCAAUGUCAAGUGUCAAGUCUUGACGGCUUAGUGGCUUAACAUGGGCUAAUUUCAUUGAGCAUAGACUAAUUUGUUUAUGUGAUUAAAGAUUAAACCAAUCAAUCAACCAAAAUUUCUAAAUGACGAAUAUUUUGUAUUUAUCGUAUGUUGUCUUAAUUUUCUGCUAUAAUUAGAUUUAGUAAUAGUUUAUCGCAGAAUCGAUUUAAUAAAACAUAAUAUAGAUUAAAACAUAAUAAUGGCUCCUAAAGUAAUUUUACUGUUUAGUGGAAAGAGAAAAUGCGGAAAAGACUUUUUAACAGAUAAUUUAAAAAUGAGAUUGGGUAAUGAGUGUGAAAUUAUCAAAAUAUCUCAACCUAUUAAAAGCCACUGGGCCAAAGAGAAGAAUUUGGAUUUAAAUGAGUUGUUGAGUGACAGUGUAUACAAGGAGCAAUACCGGCUAGACAUGAUCAGAUGGAGUGAUGAAAUGAGGGAAAACGAUUAUGGAUGCUUUUGCAGAGCAGCUUGUGAAAAUGCUGCAGAUAAACCUGUAUGGAUUGUAAGUGACAUACGACGGAAAACUGAUGUGCAAUGGUUUAAGGAGAAUUACGGAUCACUAGUAAAGACAAUUAGAUUAGUUGCAGAUGAAGAAACAAGAAUUGAGAGAGGGUUUCAGUUUAAAAAUGGUGUUGAUGAUGCCAUAUCUGAAUGUGGCUUGGACGAUUUUAAUGAAUGGGACGUUAUCAUUGAUAAUGGUAAAGACAGAAAGUCUUUAGAUAGCCAGUUAAAUAGUGUUAUGUUGUUAAUAGAUUAUUUAUGACUAAGGUUUCUUUUGUUCCGUUAUUAGGUUGUGGUCUUUAUACAGGUAUUAUUUUGGUGGCAGUAAUUUUAUAGUCAAAUUAAUAAUUAUAAUUUUACAGUUGUUAA